AUGUCUGCUUGCAAGUGCAGUGGAGUGAUUAGUGUUGAAACAGCACUGUACGGACGUGCAGACAGUGUGACCUGCAGUGAAGGACAACCUUCAUACAAAACUUCUACAACAGACUGCUCUCUGACAGACACUUUGGCUCUGCUCAAGAGAAGGUGUGAUGGAAAAAGGGUGUGUGAACUAAAUGCAAAUGGUUUCGGAGGAUCUGAUCCCUGCAGGGGCACCUACAAAUAUCUGCAGACCCAGUACAGCUGCUUUCCAGCAACUCACCAAGUGACAUGUGAACACUCUCUGGCACACCUGCAUUGUGAUGAAGGGCUGGUUAUAAAUGUGUACGUUGCUGAUUAUGGACGCCACGACCAGACCACAUGCUCUUACCAACUGUCUUCCUCUAAAAUCCGAAACACUGACUGUUCACGUCCAACCAGCCACGUUUCUGAAAGCUGUAAUGGGAAAAACAGCUGUAUUGUUGAAGCAAGCAACUCAGUGUUUGGAGACCCCUGUGUCGGCACUUACAAGUACCUGGACGUGGCUUACAUAUGUGAAUAUCCCAAGAGCACUCCAGAGGAGUCUAUGGGCAGUAUAAAUACAGGUGUGUUUGUUCCUGACAUCAGCUCCACUGUUGACCUCCGACUGGAUCUUCUAAAAACCAUGCUCCACUUCAGACUCAGCACCACACUGUUGCUGGCAGCAACGUGUUUGCUCAUGAGAGAAGUUGUUUCCACAGACAAAGUCAUCACCUGUGACAGCAGCUCCAAUGUUCAGCACUUGAGCUGCGAUAUGGGAGUGAUCAGUGUGCAGGCAGCACUGUAUGGUCGUGCAGACAAUGAGACCUGCGAUGAGGGCAGACCUCAACAGCAGCUUGCCAAUACAGAGUGCUCUCUAGAGGGUACAGUGGACAUCCUCAAGAAAAGGUGUAAUGGCAAGAAGCUGUGUGAGAUAAACAGAAAUGUUGUCCAUACCUCUGAUCCCUGCCCUGGCAUCUACAAAUACCUGGAAACCAAGUACACCUGUUUCCCAGCAAUUCGCCUGGUUACAUGUGAGCAGUCUUUGGCACAUUUGUUUUGUGAUGUAGGGCAGGUUAUAUUUGUCUAUGGUGCAGACUACGGACGUCGAGACCAGACAACAUGCUCUUACAAACGGCCUGCCUCUCAGACUGAGAAUGUCUACUGCUCACACCCCACUAGCAAAGUUGCUGACAGCUGUAAUGGGAAAAACAGCUGUACUAUCAAAGCGAGCAACUCUGUGUUUGGGGACCCCUGUGGCGGCACUUACAAGUACCUGGAGGUGGCGUACACAUGCAUAUAUCCUGGGGUCCUUCCAAAGCAAUCCCUGUCAGCACGCUGAGAUUUCAGUCCUACCACAAUAAAGAUGCAUUGAAUUAAAAUUUGUCAGUUUGACAUUUUGUCCACUGGCUAGAGAAAUGUAAAACAUACUGAACCAAAAAU